AUCGAAUCAUUUGGUUAUCAAUAACUAAGGAAGAAUUCCUUGCAUAGAUAGUACAUAAACAGUACUGCUGAGUAAGAUUCAUAACAUAAUUUUGAGUACUAUAUACAGAAAAUCUUACAACUCGAUUUUACGAUAAAUGAAUUUAUGAUUUAUGAUAAAUUGAACAUCGCGUGCUGUCGAUGUACGUAUAAUUUACUGUCGAUCAAAUAAACGUGAACGUAUUCCACGUGUAUAUGGUACUUGAAAAGGCUAUACUUUUCUAAAAAAGCAGUGACGUAAUAAAAGAAAUACUUUGCAAGUCUUUACUGGAGAAAACAUAGUUACUUUCAAUAAAGACAAAUUGUUUGGAACUGCAAGUUAAAAAAGAAGAGUGUUACUAAUACAUACAAAGGAGGUUCUUUGUACUUAAUUAGGAUAUUAAUCAUUAAUCCUUUUUCUAGCCAGAUGAGUACAGUUAACAAAACUACUACUUCUACUGACAGUAUAAAUGGACAAAAUAAACGAGACGUUGAGGAAAUUACAAUCCCUGUGCCAUGGGGUCACAUAAGUGGCCGAUUGUGGGGAUCAAUGGAACAUGAACCAAUAGUUGCAUUACACGGAUGGCAGGACAACUGUGGGAGUUUUGAUAAUUUAAUUCCUUUGUUACCUCAUGAUAUAUCUGUACUUUGCCUGGAUAUGCCUGGACAUGGAUUAUCUUCUCAUUACCAAAAAAGUCAGUACUAUUAUCUUUAUUGGGAUGGUAUAAUUCUACUCCGUAGAAUUGUAAAACAUUUCAAAUGGAACAAGAUAAAAUUACUUGGACAUUCCUUGGGAGGAGCAAUAGCUUUCUUAUAUGCUGCAUCAUUUCCCGAUGAUGUGGAGUUUGUCAUUAGUAUAGACAUUGCAGGUCCUACUGUAAAAAACUCAACAAAAACUGCUGCUAUGACUGGUGCUAUAGUUGAUAAGUUUUUAACUUAUGAGAAACAUGAUAAUGAACAUGUUCCAUCCUAUACAUACGAUGAAGCACUUGAUUUAGUAGAGGAUGCUUAUCAUGGUUCUGUAAGCAAAGAAAGUGCAACAGUAUUAAUGAAACGUGGUGUGCGUCCCACAUAUGAUUCCCAGCGGUACUGCUUUUCACGGGACACACGAUUGAAGAUUGCUGGAUUGGGCAUGCCAGAUAAUUUGGAAUUUGUGCUUGCAUAUGCAGGCAGAAUAAAAUGUGCUUAUCUCAACAUUCGUGCUUCGAAAGGAUUGAAAUAUGAUAAUCCAGAUGAUUACAAAUUGACCUUAGAUAAAAUAAAAGUAGGUUCCACAAAAUUUGAAUAUCACGAAGUUGAAGGAACUCAUCACGUUCACUUAAACAAUCCUGAAAGAGUUGCACCAAUCAUCAGCAACUUUCUACGUACUUAAUGACGAAACAGUUUAGAAAAUAAACUAUAAAACUGGAUUAUAGUUGGUUAAUUAACAAAUUAGUUACGUGAAAGUUAUAUUAAUUACACAAUACUAAUUCAUACGUUCCAAUUUACAUUAGAGUAUGAAUGAAUUAGAUGUCAAUUCUAAUAGUCUUCUUUAUGUUGUCUUCAAAUUUUGGAUGGUUUAUACCAGAUGGAUUUAAUUUAGAUAAAUUGUAGCGUUUUGUAUCGGUAUAUUUGGUAGAUAAAUAUACACGCACAAACAUUAUUUAUUGAAAGUAUAAUAUUUAUUAGAAGUAGCAACUAAAUAAUGGAUCAUAUUUUUUAAGGAUAUACGAAAACUGUCCACGUUUUCGUUUCCGUCAAUGUUCCGUUGAAAAAGAAAAAUAGCAUUACUGGUUUUAGAUAAAAUUUAAUUUGCGCUGCUUCUAUUUGUUUGACUGUGCGUCAGGAGUUAAAAAUAAACUCAAUGGUAAUAAAUAUAAUUCCAUACAAAGACACCGAAGGUUGUCUUUACUGAGACGAAUGAUGCACUACUUCUUUUUUUAAUGGACAUUGCGUUUAGCUGGUCAUAACGAUAAUGUAUUAAUACAUCAAUAAUGCGCAGCGGAAAAUUUUACCAGUUUAUGCUUCCAUAGACAACACGAUGAUAAAAAAAACUUUGAAGCGAUAUUCGCUAUCAUUACGUUCCUUUUGUAUGUUAAAAUUCCCUUAAACUAUUUUUUAAAAGAAACGAAAUAAGAAGAAUGUUCCAUGGCGGGUUCCACGUGUAUUUAUAGAUAUACCUAUUGUAAUUUAUUAAAAUAAAUAAAAGAAUUAUGAGAAAGAAUUAA